AUGAGAAAAUUAUUUGCAGUCACGACACCAUUAUCAAAUUACCUUCAAUCACCCAGUUUGGAUUAUGUGGAAGCCCUAUGUUUGGUUGAUAGUGUUCAGAAUAGACUCAAGGUUCUAAGAUCAGAAGAACAGUUUUCAUUACUAAUCGAUGAAUCAAAAUCAUUUGCUAGUGCUAAUUACUUGGUUGUAACUGGUUUAAAAGAAAUUCGAAUUCGAAGAAUUAAGAAAAUGCCAGGGGAAUUAUGUCAAGAUGAGUCUAAUGUAGAUAUUCUAACUAAAUUUAAAACAGAAUUCUUUUAUUAUUCAUUGGAUAUAGUCAAUGAAACAUUGGAAAAUAGAUUUCGUUCGUCUCGAGGUAUUUUAACUGACCUAAGUUUGUUAACUGAAGAACGAAUAUUGUUCACAAAAAAAAAUAAUGAAUAUGCACUGUCUAAAAAUGAAUUCAGUGAAUUGGCUAAAUGGUUACCACAAAUACAUUUAGAAAAUCUUCAAACUGAAUACAAAGUUUUUGCUGAAAGUUAUCAGGCAUUGGAGAACACAAGUUCUAAUCAAAAUAUAUUUCAAUCACUUAAUAAGGAAGAUGCUGUUGAUCCUGAAGAUGAUGAAAACUAUGAUGAAAAUACAUGUAGUACAUCCGAAAAAGAGCACAACCCUAUUAAAGAAUUUUCAUCAUCUAUGCUACAUCUGCUUAGUUCUCAUGGAUUGAUGGCUUCUUUUCCAAACAUGUAUCUAGCGUACAAAGGAUUAUGUACAAUACCAGCAUCUUCAGCAUCUGCUGAACGUACAUUUUCUAAGUUGAAAAUAAUAAAAAAUAGAUUAAGAACUACUACUCAACAAGACCGUUUGGAAUCGUUGAUACUAUUAUCUUCAGAAAAAGAUAUAGAAAUUGAUCUUGAAAAGGCAACUGAUCUACUAGCAAGAUCAUCCGAUAUUUUAUCAAAGCAGUUGUUACCGUCUUAA